CGCGUACCGGCCGCGCGCUCGGGUCUCGGCUACUCACUCAGUAGCCGGAGAGAUUUCAUGCGGCGACCGCGUCGUCCUAGCAAAAACCUCGUAGGAAGGCUGCCCGUGAAUGAAAUAGUGAUUAUCCACGCGAGCGAGCGAGAGGGAAAGGAGUACCGGAAAAGCGAAGCGUUUCCUCCCCCCCCCCUCGGAGCGGUAAAGGAAAAGCAAUAUGUUCGUGUGUGAGUGUGUGUGCUUUUGACAGGUGUGAGUUUUCAAUUAGUGUCACCGCGUGUAAACCCCCUUCCCCCCCCCGUCGAUGGCGGUACCUGAGGUCAACAAUACACCAUCGCGCUGACAACAACACGACCGCCGCUGGUGUUGGUGUGCGGUGGGGCGAUCAAAGUGACCAGAUCUGGUGGCGCCUCGAAGCGGCGCCAUAUUUAAGCCGAUUAGUUUCCCCGGAUGUCGGGGUUUGCAGAUUGCGUAGCACCCCGUGUGUUUGUGAGUGUUUAAUCUGUGUGAAAAUAGGGCCACGCAAUUGAGCAUUGCAAAACACACAGCAGGCUGGUAAAGGAUAGUACCGACAUCUACAUCUUCAUUGCGGGUACGUCACACCGGCGGAUGAAGAAUUGGAUUAGAAACGGCAACACCAUCAUCAUCGCCAUCCAAGCAGACAGUGGAUUAGUUGCUGCUGCGAGCGUUACCAGUCGCUGGAGUAAAACAGCUCCAGCAACACGGUUUUUAGUGGAUCCGAUAUCUCGCGUGUGACAAGUGACGACAAAUGUAGUGGCUGGUGGUGGCGUCCUUUCCGGCCCGCAGCAGUGAAAGCACAACGCGCUUCAGCGAGGUGUAGAAUUUAAAUAUGGCCGCCGGUGCCGGUACUACUUUACCGCUACAACUGUGAGGUGUGUUGUACAGUUGUUUCGAGUGCGAAGGAGAACGACAUCAUCCACCACAGCGUUGGGGCAAAACUAUCGCGUUCUUAAACGGCUGGUGCCCAACAUCCGCCAUACCGACGUCACAGCUGGGGCGUAAUGAGGAUUUACAACUAGAAAAAAAUGCUGUAAAUAGUUCAACACUUCCGCUUCUACCGUUUGUCAUACUGUUGGUUCCCACUCGCGACAGCACAUGCAGCUGCAGCGCGUGCUCUAGAGUGUUUGUAAAUAUGUUCAGCUCAAAGUAGCCGCCCAAUGUUUCAACACAACGCGUUGGAGGCGGUUUAGGCGUGUAAUGUGCUACUAAUAGGAAACAAAUUAAACCAUUAACCACGCGUGAUGUGUACUGUAAGCGAUUGCGUUUGUGCGACAGCGUAAAUGGAACGACAAAGCUUCCACCGGCUGUAAAGCAGAUGGUUGUUAGUUCAAAGGGAACACCUCCGAUCAAGUGUGUGUACCGUGGUGUUAUUCGAGUUGAUUCGAUCAAUUGAAAGGCAAUCGCGCGAAAGCGGACAACGCUCUCCCAACUAAUCUGCCCGGCACGAUCGGAACAUGUGAAUCCCGGCACACAGGUGACGAGGCAGGCAAGAAGCAGUAGUGACGCACACUUAAGGAUGCAAUCGCCACGCUAUGCGGCAGGUGCGAGGUUUAUUCGCGAGACCGUCGAUCGCUGGUGACGAUGCACCACGCAAAGAUGCUACCAGUGAUGCCCCAGCAGCAGACGGCGAUUGGGCUUCCCAUCAUCGAGCGAAUGGUGUGUAGCGCCAGCUAGCGAGACGGGUGUGCGCGUGUGUGCACCUUGUGCAACAGUGUAGUGCGCGUGUGUGUGUGUGCACCAUGAUUGUCUGUGCUUUGUGAGCGUGUAUGUGUGUGUGUGAAUGGUGUGUUAGCGUUUCAGGUGAAACAUUACGGAAGGCCCUCCGUACACCAACUGGUGGUGCAGUGGUAAAAGUUUGCGAUUGGGUUAAAUAGGAUGGAAUAAUAGCGAAACCGUGUCCACGCGCGCGUGUGUGUGUGUAUGUAUGUGAACUCUACACUCUGUCAGAAAAUGUUAUCCUUUCUACUAUCCGCGUACCGUGUAGCGUCGGCGUGUGCAGCUGCUAAAAGGGCUUAAUUGAAAUAAAGCAACGGCAGAGAUUGUGUGGUUACGGGAGUGUUUCGAAAAAAAGUUUUGAUAGUAAAACACCACGGAAAAAAGAAACCCGAACCACAGGGCGAUAAAUCUUGCUGCCACUUGCAUUACCGACUGUAAAAUUCUAUCCGUUUGGCCCGGCUACUACCCCCUUUGUCGGCCUCGUGGCCACCGUUAAAGGGCCGAGUUUGUAAAUUUUUGCAUUAGUUUAAUCCAACCCAGUACUGUGGCUGAGCAGCGCGGCGAAGCAUAAUGUGUGAGCAAUAAUAGUGUAAAGUUAAUAGUGUUGAUCCUUUCCGCGUGGUGCCGCUGCUAGUGUACGAAGCAUAAGGCGUCUCCAUCGGCGUCGCUAUUGUAGGAAACACAAGGCGUCUCCACCGACGCUGUUAGUGGGUGAAUACAGUGAAUUAAAGUGUAAAAUAAAAUUGCGCUACGUUUAGUGCUUUAAAUU